CAAGUCCUCCGGCUGGAAAGUGUUCUUGCUGUCAGUGAAAAUACGUACACCGUUCGAUACAUUCGGAGUAUUCCUUGGUGUGAUCUGGAGGAAGUUCCCGGAAUAACGCAACUGCAACCAGUUUCAUUGUUUGGCCGCGAACGAAUCGGGCCCAAUCGGUGGCACCGUUCAUUCAGCCUUAAUUGAAGAAAAGUGGUUAAAGUUGAGGAAUUGUGGCUUCUUGUCUGCUGUUGAGGAAAAAAAGGUAGCUAAUCAAUAAGCAUGCCACGUAAUGUUACCACUAGUAAGUGUGAACUGAGUGGAUUGCUGACCCCGCGUACCGGAUGUUAGGAGCGGCCUGAAGAACAUUGGAUCAGUUCACUAGAAGCACCAGUACAGUUAUUUCGAAGACUGAAUACCGAAACGGAUACGUCUAUCGAUUCGACAGGAUUUUUGUGGCUCAUUGACUAUCAAGCAAUUAAACGGUAAAAUUGCAAAUAUGACGAUGCAUACACAUAUGUUUUGUGUCCUAUUGGGGACAUUGUUAGGAUUAUCACAAUUGACAACUGCAGCUCAGCCGAACGUCAUUUAUGCGAUCAAUGCCGGUGGCGAGGCUCACGUUGAUUCUCACGGAAUAAAAUACGCACGAGAUCCGCUGAUGGGUAAAGUUGGAACCGAUUCGGAUUACGGAAAGCAGCUUUUGAUGAUCAACCGUGUGAAGCCGAACGAUGAAAUUCUGUAUCAAACGGAGCGAUAUCAUUACGAAACGUUUGGAUAUGAGCUACCGAUAGCGGGUGACGGAGAGUAUGUCCUCAUCCUGAAAUUCUGUGAAGUGUACUUCAAUGCGCCGAACAUGAAAAUGUUCGAUGUUCAAAUCAACAAUCGGCACACGGUUGUCUCCGAUUUGGAUAUAUUCUCUCUGGUAGGGAAAGGAACUGCCCACGAUGAGUACGUAUACUUCACGGUGUCCAGGGGCAAACUGUACUACAAAGAGGAAGAAUCCGAAAUACGCACUGGAAAGGUGAAAGUAGAUUUUGUCAAAGGAUACAAAGAUAAUCCAAAGAUCAACGCAAUUGUGUUGAUCAAGGGCUACGAUGAUACGACAUUGCCUCAGCUGUCUCCGCUUAUGGUUGAGCAACCAGUACCAGAACCGCUUGAAGAAUCGCCUACCACCAGCUCGAUUGCGGAUGGCGAUGCCCAAGUGGAUACAAAAAACAAACAACGGAAAACUAGCGGUCCGAAACAACCGAAUCCAUACUCACUAGACGAGUCGUCCAUGAUGUUACCGGUAUUCAUCGCUAUAGGAGCGUUUAUACCGCUAUUAUUCUGUUUGUGUCGACUGUGAUUUUAUUCCGAGCAGACUUACAUUGGUUUUAAAAGUAGACGUAGGAAAGGGCGGAGAUCUCCGGUCGUAUCAUCUGGGCCGUCCAGUUUGUUAAGAUAUUUUUAAACUAGCGAAAACAUUCGUAACAAAUAGCUCAUUUGAGGCACCUUUGCGAGAAGGGAAAACGUUAUGUUGGAAACAUAACUUCCAGUUGGUUCCGGGAACUAAAUUUGGAGUGUUGAUAUCUCGGAACAACGACACGAUUUAUGAUGUAACUUAUUGUAAAUAGCAGGAAGUGAGAAGUUUGAAUGUGUUUGUAAAAUUGUGUUCAAAGGCAGGGCUUAGUAGAGGGACAAAUUCUAAACGCACUGAGCGUUGUUUCCGGCAGCUCAAAGGCAGAUAGCCGAAAUAGACUUACCAUUAGCAAUGUAGUUCUAAUACCAACUCAGUUAAGGAAAUCGUACACAGCUCAAAACUGAUGUCGGAUAUGUUGUUAGACAUGACUUUAGUGCACAAUAUUUAAUUCUUUUUUUUUCCUUUUUUUGUCCACGUCGCAUUACUGUGAAAUUUAACGGUACUUAUUUUAGCUGUACUAGUUCAGCAAAUAUUCAAAACGUUUGAUAACGAAAAAGACUAAUAUUAUAAUUUGAAAACAGUCAUUUUUAUACGUCGAACCUUAAUAUUAAAUAACUUAAAAAUGGUUAAUUUAUACUGAUUCACACAAAUUCUUGCACGUAUCAAAGAAUAAUGGUACAGAGAAUAAAGAAACGAAGAAUUGAUUGAACGAAAGAAUUGAUAUCACAUUCAUAUCGGGGCAAAUAAGUGACGAAUUUCAUGCCAACUCGACUGGCCAUUGGCAGCAACAUCUCAGAUUGCAGUAAAACGUUGUGAGUGUAAAGACAUUGGUCAUUUAAGCAACUUUGCAUACUUGAAAUUUAAAAAAAAUAUUUUGAAAACUUAAGUUAGUUUUUCUCAAAAUCGUAUUUUUUUUUAAAUCUGAAAUUUUCAACAAGUCACCCAUACAUCGGAAGACACUUUUGGGCACUUUUACCAGGAAAAAGUUUAUCUAACAACAAUUUUUUUCAUGGUUCAGUCAAGAUGGAGACUCCUGGAAAAUAAUGUUUUACCCGAAUUUUUUGUUUAAAUUCUCGCGUUUGAUAUGCUCUAUACAUGUUUCUAAAUUGAAAAAAAAACUUGCAGAACAUGUAAAUCGCGAUAGUUUACACAUAAUUUAUGAGUUAAACAUUAAUAGUAAUUUUUCAAAGGAAAUAUCAAAAAAGUGGUAAGGAAAACUUUUUCUCUGUAAAAGUGCCCAUCUUCCGAUGUAUAGGUUGUAUAUUGGAAAUUGUAAGGGCUAUUUGCAUUUUCUUUUGAGAAUUAAAAAAAAUAUGUUUUUGAGAAUAAUGAAAUGCAAUUUUUAAACUAUUUUUUUUCAGUGUUAUUUUUUAAUUUAUUUUCUAACUGACCCGGCAAACUUCGUGUCGCCCAAAAUUUAUUUUUCGUUAUCACAUCCACGUUUUCUUCAUGGGUCCAAUCGCAGAACUGUUCUUCGAUUGAUCUUCUGAUGUACCCGUUAAAAUUUUUUUUUUUUUUAUUAAAAUUUUUAAAAUUAAAAUUACUUCUACCAAAAUUAUAAUAUUACUAGCUAACCCGGCAAACUUCGUCCCGCCCAUUUACUUGAUUAAUUCUCGAGUAAUGCUGAAAUUUGUGUUUUAUUUGUAUGGCAGCCACCCCUAAGAGAGGGGGGAGGGGUAUCUAACCACCAUAGAAACAUUCAUUGCACCCUAAAGUUUCCAUAUGCCUAAUUUGGUUUAAUUUGCUUGAUUAAUUCUCGGGUAAUGCAAAAAUUUGUGUUUCAUUUGUACGGCAGCCCCCUCUAAGAGAGGGGGAAGGAGUAUCUUAACACCAUAGAAACAUUUAUUGCAUCCUAAAACCUGCACAUGCCAAAUUUGGUUUCAUUUGCUUGAUUAAUUCUCGAGUAAUGCAGAAAUUUGUGUUUCAUUUGUAUGGCAGCCCCCCCUUUGAGUGGGGGAAGGACUGUCUAACCAUCAUAGAAACAUUUAUUGCACCCUAAAACUUUCACAUGCCAACUUUGGUUUCGUUUGCUUGGUUAAUUUCCGAGUAAUGCAGAAAUUUGUGUUUCAUUUGUAUGGCAGCCCCCCCUUAGAGAGGGGGGAGGGGUCUCAAAAUAUCACGAAAACCUUCCCCGGCCCCAAAAACCCCUACAUACCAAUUUUCAUGUCGAUCGGUUCAGUAGUUUCCGAGUCUAUACGAAUCAGACAGACAGACAGACAUCACUCCAUUUUUAUAUAUAUAGAUAGAUUAUUGAGGGAUUAUUUUCAGAAACAAUUCUCAUUCAAGAUUUUUCAACCACUUGCAAAUAAUAUGUUUCUCCGUUACAUGGAAUAAAUGUUUGAUACAGAAUUAUAACAGAAUAUAUGAUAAAAUAAAGACAGCCCUA